AUGCAACCCAACCCACACGCCCACCACCUUCGCACCCCAACCCACGCCUCCCCACCCACGCACACCAACCCACGCACCUCACCCACGCCUCCCACCCACGCACUCCAACUCACGCACCUCACCCACGCACCUCACCCAUGCAACCCAACCCACGCGCCCACCACCUUCGCACCCCAACCCACGCCUCCCCACCCACGCACACCAACCCACGCACACCAACCCACGCACACCAACCCACCCACACCUACCCACGCACCUCACCCACGCACCUCAACCACGCCUCCCACCCACGCACUCCAUCCCACUCACCCCAGCCCACGCACCUCUCCCUCUCAACCCAACCCACGCAACCUCACCCACGUCUCCCACCCACGCACUCCAGCCCACGCACCUCACCCACGGAACCAACCCACGCAACCUCACACACGCCACCCACCCAACCUCACCCACGCAACCCAACACACGCAACCUCACCCACGCAAUCCAACCCACGCCACCCAACCCACGCCACCCAACCCACGCCACCCAACCCACGCCACCCAACCCACGCAACCCAACCCACGCAACCCAACCCACGCUUACCAAUCACGCAUCCCAACCCACGUUUUUUUUUUUUUCCUUUUUUUUAUCCGCGCAUCCCACCUACGCAUCACAACCCACGCAACCCAACCCACGCCUCCCACCCACGCAUCCCAACCCACGCACCCCAACCCAUGA